AUGAUUUUGCUCACUCUUUCCACUGAACACGUUCGCAAUACCGUUAUCACCAACGAGCAAGGUCAAGUUAUUUACAAGACAGAGACUCCGUUCGAACUAGCUGGCGUCCGUACUACGACCAUUCUGAAAAUCAAGCCAAAUGAUGACCAGUAUCAUAUGCAAGACCAGUUCGAUGUCUUGGGAGAGAUCGAGUGGCAUGCAUUUGCUCCUUCAAAGUUUCGUUAUGGUGGAACUGUAGUAGAGACAAAGGAGUUCAUUCCGAGGAGAGGCCUAUUGGGUCGGGAGCGCGUCUUUGUAGGGCCAGAUGGCCGUCCUUAUCGCUGGGAUCUCCAGUCCAGAGUGGUAGUUCUCUCACAGGACGAUGAAUCUCGAACAGAGGUCGCUCGCUUUCGUAGAGCGACUCUUGGAAUUGUAGGAAGGAGGCGUAAAGCCACGCUGGAAGUAUCACCUGAAGUGGCUCAUAUGAUGGAUAUUGUUAUCAUGACGUUCAUCUACGUCGAGAAACUCAGAAAGGACAAAGAAGGAGGGUAA